AUGAAAUCUCCCAACCAUUUCCUACGACUUCAGGCUACGCUAUCCACUCUUUCUCCCGAGAUAUACUGCUCAGUUCUGAUCUUAUGCUUAUAUGAACUCUUUGCAGACACGGACCGUGGUGACGUCUGGAUGAGCCAUGCCAGAGCCUUGAGCCAACUGACAGAAGCUCGAGGACCAUCACGUUAUCAGACUGAACUUGACAGUGUACUCCUCAAAGCCUCUCGUGGCCUUAUUAAUGCAUCUUUGCAUCUGAUGAGUGGCACUACGUAA